AUGGAUCAAAGUCUUGAAUCCAAAGGCAGAGUUUGCGUGACGGGAGCUUCUGGCUUUCUGGCAUCUUGGCUUAUUAAGCGACUUCUCUUGUCAGGAUAUCAUGUAACUGGGACUGUCAGAGAUCCAGGAAACCAGAAGAAAUUGGCACAUUUGUGGAGGCUGGAAGGAGCUAAAGAAAGACUAAGGUUGGUGAAGGCUGAUCUAAAUGAAGAAGGUAGCUUUGAUGAUGCAAUCUUUGGGUGCCAUGGUGUCUUCCACUCAGCUUCUCCUGUACUCAAACCUUCAUCUGAUCCAAAGAAAGAGAUCCUGGAUCCGGCUGUUAAGGGCACGUUGAAUGUUCUUCGUUCAUGUAAGAAGAAUCCAUCUCUAAGGCGUGUGGUUCUUACUUCGUCGUCUUCAGCUGUAAGGGUGAGAGCUGCUGAUGAUUUUGACCCCAAUACUCCAUUGGAUGAGUCAACUUGGAGCUCUGUGGAAUUAUGCGAGAAACUUCAGAUUUGGUACCCUUUAUCAAAAGUUUUAGCUGAGAAGGCAGCAUGGGAAUUCUGCAAAGCGAAUGGGAUCGAUUUGGUAACCGUUCUACCCACAUUCGUCAUCGGACCUAGUUUGCCACCUGAAUUAUGCUCCACGGCAUCUGAUAUACUCGGCCUGCUCAAGGGUGAAACAGAGAAGUUCAAUUGGCAUGGAAGAAUGGGAUAUGUUCACAUCGAUGAUGUCGCACUUUGCCACAUCCUAGUUUAUGAGACCAAGAGUGCUCAUGGUCGAUACAUUUGCAACUCGACAGUGCUUGACAACAAUGAGUUAGGAUCCUUACUCUCCACACGUUAUCCUUCCUUGCCUAUUCCAGAAAGGUUUGAGCAAUUGAACAGGCCACACUAUGAUUUGAACACCUCAAAGUUGAAGAGUCUGGGAUUCAAGUUCAAGACUAUCCAAGAGAUGUUUGAUGAUUGCAUUGCCUCUCUGGUAGAGCAAGGCCAUCUCUCUCCACUCUAG